AUGCCCUCAACCGACAGCUUGCAACCACCUCUCACGCCGCCCGAGCGAUCCAUCGUCAAGUCCUACGGCGGCUGGACGAACUUCCUCCUCAACUAUGGACUGAAGCCGGGGAAUGACGAGGAUGCGGAGGAGGGAUUGUUGAUUCUGAAGGGGUUGGCGGAACAUAGUGGUUAG